UUAUAAGCCGACGCACACUGGCAAUAACCGGGCAGUUCAUCCGUGAAGUUCUGCAAGGCAUCUUGACCUGCUGCCUGUCAGACGAGUCUUGGGAAAAUACUUCACUUGCCAGAAGAUCAGAAGUAAUGACACUUCUGAUGUUGCUGAGCGUCGCGGUCAUGGCCGUGGUCGUGGCCGCGGUGGAGCCAACCAGCACUCCCGCCCCUGCUGCAGAAGGCGACACGAGCAACGUGCUCCUCGGUAAGUCCGUAGUGUCCAGUCUCCUCGUGGCCACGGGCUUCAGCGAGGCGUGUGUGGCCGAAGCCCUGGACAGCUGCGCACCCGCCUCCGUGCAGCGCCCAACGCCGCCGAACCCGCUGGUGCAGGAGGCGAGAGAGCUGCUGCAGGAGGUGCGUCAAGUCGUGCGUCACUACGACAACCGACCGCGUCACUGCAAGGACCUGCUGGACGGCGGGGAUAGCGGCAAGGGCCUUCGCCAUGUGUACCCCUUCCCUGGGCAGCCCCAGCGCCGCGCGGCAGUGUACUGCGACCAAACGACUGACGGAGGGGGCUGGACGGUGUUCCAGAGACGCACAAAUCUCACCGUCCGGGAAGAUUUUAACCGGACCUGGCGAGAAUAUGACUUGGGUUUCGGCCAUCUCGAAGGCGAGUUCUGGCUGGGCCUGGACCUGCUGCACGGACUGACAUCGACGGCCCUUCAGGAACUGCGCAUUGACAUGGCGGAUUGGGACGACGGAAAACGGUACGCAAAAUACGGCUUCUUCUACGUCGGCCCUCCAAGCACCAAAUACAACCUCACUGUUGAAAGGUAUAGCGGUGACGCAGGGGACUCUUUAGCCCGUAGUUCUGGCCGCAGCUUUUCCACUCAUGAUGCUGAUAACGACUCAUGGGCCACAAGGAACUGUGCCGCGGCCUAUGGUGGUCCGUGGUGGUACCGUGAAUGUAGCUACGCCAGGCUGAACAGCUUCCCGCACGAGGGGGAAUACGAGGGAUACACCGGCAUCCUGUGGCGUACAUGGCGAGGGAGCAGAUACUCCUUGCGGCAGACCGUCAUGAUGACGCGACCAGCCUUCUGAACAGUCAUCAUGACUCUGGGUUCAACGGUUGCCUGCGACACCUGUUUUGUUGGACAGUCUUCCAGCGCGGUAGUCUACGAUCUUACACACACCAGCAACAUCCUCUUUUUCAGCACGCGACUCCAGCGAGUCAUGCGCCUUCAGCGGGGCUGCCUGGCGCCUUCGAUAUUUACAGCCUCAGGCAGGGCCGGCCAGGGGCUGCUGGCGCCCGGGCAAGCUUCGCUUCGCCGCCCUUACAAGUAUAAAACUGUAAAUGUAAAAUGAAGAGUUCAUUACGAUGUACAAGCUGAAUAAAACUCAUGUAAAUGAA